AUGAAAUCCAGGAUUAUGGCUGCAGCCGCUGGUGCGGCUACAGUAACUACCGCUGUCACUGCUCUUUCUAUUCCUCAUACAGUUGAGGGUAACGGUUACCUCAGCGUCCCAGUCAACACGGUCAGGUCAGAUCUUGAUGGUCUAACCAAGCGUGAUGCCUUCGAGGUACUCAUUAAUAACCGCCAGUUUUACUACUCCAUGGAUCUUAUGAUUGGCACCCCGGGCCAGAAAGUAACCGUCCUUCUCGACACCGGCUCAUCGGAGCUCUGGGUCAACCCUGACUGCAGCAAGGCACCUUCCGCCUCUCAAGCUCGCCAAUGCAAUUCAUAUGGACAGUAUACCUCGCGAAACAGCCGUACUCCGCCAUCCGGUCCCUUUGGCGGCCGCAAACUCAAUUACGGUGACCCCUCGCAACCCGCUACUCAGACCAGUGCCGAAAUCUCCUACUAUAGCGACAACGUCGCCUUGGGAUCCGGCGUCGUGCUCAACCAGACCUUCGGUGUAGUAACCAGGAGCGAUGGCAUUUCAACCGGUAUCCUGGGUCUUGCUCCUGACCUGAAAAGCGGCUUCGCCCCCGGCAAGCCUUACAGUCUUAUUCUUAAUAGCUUGGCCGAUCAAGGCAAAAUCAACAGCCGAGUUUUCUCUCUAGACCUUCGGCACUCUGGUGCUGAGAAUGGUGCCAUUAUCUUUGGUGGCGUGGACACGGGCAAGUACAUUGGUAGACUGGAACAGCGACCCAUUAUCAACGGCGCCAAGGGCGAGCCUCGUCUCGCCGUCGAUCUUGGUGGAGUGAGCUUGCAUAUCGCCAACUCCCAGCCUAAGGCUUACACCCUUGGCCCCGAGGAUAAGAAUGUGAUGCUUGACUCUGGCACGACCCUGACCCGUCUGCACGAAUCCAUCGCACGCCCGAUUCUCAACGAUCUCAACGCAAAAACCGAUAGCAACGGCUACUGGAUCACCGACUGUUCCCUCCGUACCCCGCCCCUGACAAACGGAGGCGCCGACUCCUACAUCAACUUCCAGUUCGGCCGCAAGACUAUCCGCGUCCCCUUGAGUGACUUCAUCCUCGACCUCGGCCCCCGCUCCGGCCAGUGCUAUGUUGGUAUCGUCAUUACCACAGACCAGCAGAUCCUCGGCGACAGCGUCCUCAGAGCAGGCUACUUUGUUUUUGAUUGGGACAACCAGGCGGUGCACAUUGCGCAGGCAGCCACCUGUGGGAAGGAGCAAAUCGUGACCGCCGGGAAGGGGGCGGGCGCCAUUCCCGCGACCGCUCUCGGACUUUGUGAAGGGCCUUCUGGGGACAGCGAUAGCAGUGACGAGGAUCAAGUGAGUCCACCAUCUCCAUCGGCUAUUGAACCGGCAACGACGGCUUUGAACUUGGCUCCCUCAGAGCCUCCUUCUUCGUUUACCCCACCGGUUUCGAUUGCAACUCCAGCGUCAGCUUCGGCGACUGAGUUCACAAAGACAUUAACACCUUCUCAGACGUCCUCACCCGGUUUUCCCGGUUCCUCCUCGAGCGAUACACAUUCAGCGGCGUUUUCGUGGAUGACUCAAUCAAGACACUUGAACCUGCUUUUGGGUGGCCUCAUGACGUUAACGGCCGCAUUUUGGGCUAUCUAA